AUGUAUACACAUAUGGCGUACAUUACAAUUAUUUCAUUGUUUCUUUUCUCAUUUAUAUUUCUAAGUGAAUGUGAUAAGUUAAAAUUGAAAAGAGAAGUAAGAGAGGUGUUUCAAUUGCAUAAAUAUUAUCGAAAUUCAAUUCGUUUCUGUCAAGUACCUUUUCAACCUCCAGCUAAAUUUAUGGCGAAAUUGAAAUGGAAUAAACAUUUGGCGGAUAAGGCUCAAAUCACUGCUAAUCGUUGUGAUUAUGCUUAUGAUAGUCCAAUUGAUAUGAAUUUUGAUGAAUUCUAUUCUGUAGCACAAAAUAUUGCUGAUAGUCCAACAAUUGAAAAAGCAGUAGCAAGUUGGUUUAGUGAGUAUAAAAAUUAUACCUAUGAAACAAAUAAAUGUAAAGGCACAUGUAUGCAAUAUAAACAAAUGGUAAAAGGAGAAGAAACGGAGAUUGGAUGUGGUGUUACAAAGUGUGGAAAAACUUACUUGGUUGUGUGCAACUAUUCUCCAUCAGCUGAAGAUGAUAGUCAGCCAUAUGAAAAAGGAAAAUAUGAAAUUAAUUGUGAUGAUGUUGAUGGUGCAGAAUACUGA